AUGUCGUUCCAGUACUCCAUCGACACGCCGUUUUUGGUGCCCUUGUGGCCGUUGUUUGACACUGCCGUUGCUACAGCUACUGCCGGUCGCUUUGUACCCUCUGAGUUCCACUUUGUUCCCGGAGAAACCUUUUUUUCAACUUUCCCCAUCGUGGCUGCCACCAUCGCUACUUACUAUGUGGUGAUUUUCGGUGGAGACUGGGUGUUCAAGAAAUUCAAGAUCCAGCCAUUUGUGUUAAAUGGCUUGUUCCAGAUCCACAACUUGUUCCUCACCACCGUGUCGUUGACUUUGUUGACGUUGAUGGUGGAACAACUCGUGCCUAUGAUCUGGCACCACGGUUUGUUCUACGCCAUCUGUAACCCAACUGCAUGGACCCAAGAGUUGGUCACCUUGUACUACUUGAACUACUUGACCAAGUUCUGCGAGUUUAUCGACACGGUGUUCUUGGUGGUCAAGCAAAAGAAAUUGACCUUCUUGCACACCUACCACCAUGGUGCUACUGCCCUCUUGUGCUACACCCAGUUGAUGGGAUUAACCCCUAUUUCCUGGGUCCCCAUUUCCUUGAACUUGGGUGUCCACGUGGUCAUGUAUUGGUACUACUUCUUGGCUGCAAGAGGUAUUCGUGUAUGGUGGAAGGAAUGGGUCACCAGAUUCCAGAUCAUCCAGUUCAUCUUGGACUUGGGCUUUGUCUACUUUGCCACCUACCAGAAGAUUGUCUACACCUACUUCUCUAAUUUGAUCGGCACCUUGCCUGUCUGUGGAGACUGUGCUGGAACCAUGUUGGCAGCCUACUCUGGGUGUGGUAUUUUAUCCUCUUACCUUGUCUUGUUCAUUGCCUUCUACAUCGAAGUCUACAGAAGAAAGACUACCAAGAAGGCCAGAAGAGUUAAGUCUGUCAAGGGUGGUAUGGCUGCUCAAGUGAACGAGUAUGUUCAUGUUUCGGGCAAGUCGGACUCGCCAGUUCCUGAUGGUCUCCGCAAGAGACUCUAA